AUGGCCGAAACGGAACAUUAUUCCGCAAACAAGCGCAAAGCCUCACCUGAGGUCAAUACGGAGGAUGCUAUCGGCAAGCGCAUGAGGCUCGAGGAUGGAGACGCGAACACACCCCCCAGCAACGGUGUUAAAGCCGAGGCGGAAGAUAUCUUAGACGGCCACGCCCCCACGAGGAACGAGCGAAAUGGAUCGAUUAUAGAAGGAUCACCCACAAGAACACGCCGGGGAGACAGGGAGCCCGAAUCUCGGCGCUCGCCAGAGGCGCGAAGACCAUCCGCCACAGCCGGUCCUCCGGUCCGGCGGAACGUUAGCUUGGAGGAGAAGAAACGGGGGCAGCGGUUGUUUGGCGGCCUAGUCAGUACGCUGAGCCGGACUGCGUCGAGCACGCAGCAGCAGAGGAGGCUCGAGAUCGAGCGGCGGCAGCACGAGAAAGCGCAACAACGGCGGGCCGAGGACGAGAAGCGCAGGGCCGAGAAGCUGGAGCAGUUGAAGAGGGUACGCCAAAUUGAGCAGGUCAAGCUCGAUGAGCGGGCGUACUACGUCCCGUGGGAGCCCACCAAAGAGCAGGAAGAUAUCAUUAGCGACCAGGUCCACGCCGUACAGGAAGCUAUAGACAGAGAGAGACGGGACUUCAAAACGCGUAGAGAGCAGCGACUCAGGGCACUCGGAGUCACACCGUCUCCACGGUCACCGUCGCCUCCCCCACGAGAGCAGCCAAGGCACCGACCCGAGCGGGAGGAAGACUCGGGACCGAAGGCUGGUUCCCAUCCAGAAGAAGCCACGGUUGGUGAGCCCAACCCUCCGCCGCAAGAUACUAACCCCGGUGCUCUGGCACCCACGCCCCCCAAGGCGCGAGACUCUCACCCUGAUAAGGAUCACGACGAGCACGGAGACGAGAUGAUGCAGGACAAGGAGGACAUAGUGAUUUACUAA